AGCUCAAACAAAACCUUAAGAGCUUUUUCUCUAUCGAUCGUUUCAUUUCACAAACCAAAUUCGAGAGAGAGAGAGAGAGAUCGAUCCUAAACAAUUCAAAAGCACAAUGUUCAACAACAGCGUCUCGAUCUCAGUAUCAGACGAAGAGUCUUUGAAUCGGAUCCGAGCUCGAACCCGACGAAAGCGGAAGAAACUGAGCCACAGAACCAGCUACGAGCUACCUCGUUACGUUCUAAGGCUUUUCGUGAGAUACUGGGUGGUUUUGGUGUUUCUUCUCGCAGUUGGAUUGCUUGGAUUUGAAUCCACGAGGAUUGGUGUCAAAUCUAGUGAGCUGAAGCAUCCACCAGAUUCGAGUGGUAAAGAGAGUCCAAGCAAGAAAAAUGAAGGAAACUUGAAUCGAUUGGAUCCGACUACCAAGGUUAUAGGUGGUGUUAGACAACGUAAAGGAAACAGUUUCUGUGCAUUGUGGAUUUUUCAAUGAAAAUGGGGGAUUUAGGAUUUCGGACAAGGAUAAGAGGUUUAUGAAGACUUGUGAGGUGGUAGUCUCGACGUGUGCGUUUGGUGGUGGUGAUAACCUUUAUGAGCCUAUCGGAAUGUCUAAGGUAUCCAGUCAAAAGGUUUGCUAUGUCGCGUUUUGGGAUGAAGUUACUCUCGCAACACAAGAAGGAGAGGGUCAUAAGAUUGAUGAGAAUGAGCACAUUGGAAAGUGGCGUAUUGUGAUCGUAAUGGAUCUGCCUUUUACAGACCAAAGGCUUAAUGGGAAGAUCCCAAAGAUGUUGGCCCAUCGUCUUUUCCCGGAUGCCAAGUACUCGAUCUGGGUAGACUCAAAGUCCCAGUUUAGAAGAGACCCACUUGGUGUAUUGGAUGCUCUUCUUUGGCGAACAAACUCAGUGCUGGCAAUUUCAGAACAUGGUGCUCGGAGCAGCGUAUAUGACGAGGCAAAAGCUGUUGUCAAGAAACACAAAGCUACACCUGAAGAAGUUGAAGUGCAGAUAAAUCAAUACCGAAGUGACAAUUUACCCGAAGAUAAAAGAUUCAAUGGGAAAAAGGCUCUCUCUGAAGCCUCAGUGAUUGUGAGGGAACACACCCCAUUGACCAAUCUAUUCAUGUGCCUCUGGUUCAAUGAAGUUGUCCGCUUCACUUCGCGUGAUCAGUUAAGUUUCCCAUACGUUCUUUGCCGAUUGAAAGUUCUCAAGAACAUCAACAUGUUCCCUGUAUGUACACGUAAAGAUCUCGUCAAUAGCAUAGGUCAUGUGCGCAAGGCUAAACCGUUAAGUUAGUCUAUGAAUGUAUUGUACCUUAACUUUCAAAUUCUUUUUUUAAUUUAGUAUCCAUUUUUUGUAUU